AUGACUCAGAAAAUGAUAGAAGAUAUAAAAUUGAUUAGAAGUAGAAUGAAACAAGCCCAAGACAGACAGAAAAGUUAUGCAGACUUGAAGAGGAAGGAUGUUGAGUUCAAAGCGGGUGAAAAAGUUUUUCUGAAAGUUUCCCCCUACAAAUGGGUGAUGCGUUUUGGUAGCAAAGGAAAGUUAGCACCAAGAUACAUUGGUCUAGUUGAAGUGUUACAACGAGUAGGGAAGGUAGCCUAUAGGUUAGCACUACCACCCAGCAUGGACAGAGUUCAUAAUGUAUUUCAUUUCUCGAUGCUUCAGAAGUAUGUAAGUGAUCCCUCCCAUAUACUGAACAUAAAGGAUGUGAACGUAGAAGAGAAUCUUGUGUUUGAGUAG